AUGGAUGGAUGGUCCUGGCCCCGGAACAGAGAAACCUGCCAAAGCCAAGGAGGGGACUUAGUUUCCAUGGAAACCGAAGAGGAAUGGAACUUCAUGAAUGAUGCAAUUCAAAGGCGAAAUACUAAAUCCUUUGAAAAUAAAUGGAGUAUUGGCUUAACAAAAGAAAAAAAAGGUGGGAAUUGGACCUGGGUGCAUGGAAGACCGCUGACUAUUUGCAAAUGGGGACAAGGGGAGCCGAGUGGUGAACACGACGCGGCUUUCAUCUACAAGCGGUCCAGGAAUGGCGAACGGGGCGUGUUUGGUAGUGGAAGAACAAUUUGGAAAAACUAUGACGCUUAUAUUUGUGAAAUUUCCAAGGGUAAGUCGUCCUUUUUGUUGUUGUUGUUGUUGUUGUUUUUCUAGUAUUAUUUUGAGUAAACUAAGCGGCACCAGAAUCGUUUGAGUGUACUAAAGACGUACAUUAUUUUCUAACGUUGGUGAUACUCACUGCAGAAUUUAUAUAAACCCCUUUACAGUCAGGAUCAAGUUUACACUUACAUUUGCAUAAAUGAAAAUAUAUUUCAGACAUAUCUCAAUGAACGUUUUCAUAAAAUACUGUCUCUUCUGUCUAAAAACAUCUGAGUGCAAAUAAAAUGCAAUGGUGCCAUACUAACCUUUGACUUCUCCGCAGCUGUUGUUUGCUCUCCUUACACAACGCCCUUUAUUCCCAGUUAGAGAGAGUGCGCGUUGCGUGACGAGACCAAAUGACUGUCGAGAAAGAGAUUACCCUCACUACCGUUCCUCUGACAAAGAGAAAAUCAACAUUAUUCGUCUACAGUUGGCUGCCUCAAAAAUAUAAUUCCACGUUAUUAUGCCAUGAAAAGCAAAACGAAACUCUGUCGUAUCUCCAUUAGACCCUAACCAAGGAUAUAUUGCGAUCUCGAAUGAGUUAAGAUACGUUGAACAAGAGAAAAUGAUCAUAGUAUUUCAAAGAGGGUAACUUGAUUGGUUAUUGCCUAUCUAGCAUUUUCCCAUUGAGUAAACAAGCUAUAGGAUUAAGUCCAAGAGAGCUUAAAGCGACUUUUAUUCGUCCUUCAUAUCCCUCAUGCUCAUUGUAAUCGAAACUUUGCAAGUGCUUAAUGUUAUCGCGGACUGAAUAGUGUAAGGUGCAAACAAAUGUACACAGAAAUUAACACCGGCGAGUAUCCCGAUCAAACCGAUAGCUAAGUGGUAAACCACCUAUCCAACUACUGCAUCAAUCAACAAAAGCCUUUGCUUGUUGCUCUUUUCCUCUGACAUUAGUUUUAACAAUGGGGAUGUUCAAGGUAUUUGUAGUGUAUUCCAAUAGUGCCUGUUGGUAUAGCACACUUCGGGUUACGCACUUUGUAACGAAGGUACAAUAGCGUCCACUUAUCAUAAAAUAUCCGUUUCAUCCAAGUUUGUAAAUUGUGCUAUGAUGACAAGCUUGAAUUUUCGAACCUUUUCGCCGUUUGCGUUUCCUGUAAUUUGCUACCCAAUAUUUUUUUAAAAAAUUUACAAACACGUGCUGAGAGGGAAGCCGUAAAAUAGUCAAAGAACUCAAUUAGCAUCUCACACUAAUCGAAGAUUUCCAUCUUCAUCCAUAUUAAGCAUCGCCAUUGGCAUCGGCAUUAGCACCGCCAUCGCCAUCUCUAAUGUCAUCGCCAUCGCUAUCGUCAUCACCAUCGUUGACACAAAUUUCAACUACAGCUCCAAUAACAAUAUCUAAUAGUAGGUAUUAAUAACAAAACCAGUAAGAACGUAUUUCGUAAGACUGGCAAGAUAAGAUACUAUAUACUAUAUCCUAUAUACCCAGGUGCAGCACCUUACUGUCAUGGCAAUUGCUGAGUUUUUCGAAUGGGAUGUAGUUAUAAAACAGCUCAAAAUGGCUGCUAAACCCUACUUAUUUUUAUGUAUUGAGGGUUUAGACCAUGUCACAAAACAAUUGGAAAAAGGGGUAAAUUGAUAACAACAGAGAUAUCACCUUUUCAGUAACUAAGCCAAGUUUCUCUUUUUUCUUCUUCUUUUUUUUAUUUUUUUAAAAUUUUAUUUCUAUUUUUAUUCUCUUUAUUUAGACGAAAAAUCAGCUCGCAAAAGAAAAAUUGACCUUGUGGCGGUCAUUUCCGGUGGCGCAGAAGUAACAAGAGGACUCCACAGAAACAUCACAUUAAAUGCCUCACUGUCAUAUGACCCGGAAGUUGCACAUGCCGACCAACAAAGAAUGAAAUUCACCUGGCAUUAUGGCAAAGUCACAGGAAUUCCCUUCAGCAAACAAGCGGAGGCGAAGGCGAAGGCGGACAAAGAUUUCAUUACGGCAGUACACGAGUCAGCCAUUCAGUAUUAUGGAAAAGCAUCUGGCGAACAAAUUUCCUUAAACACCAAAGCUAUGUCUGUUAAUCAGACCUACAUAGUUAAACUAGUGGUGACCAAGGAUAUUCGCAUUUCCACUGUUUAUCAAGUUAUCCAUCUGAUAGAAGGGGACCCCCCAGAAAUAUAUCAAAGGUUAGAGAUCUACUUCGUUUUUUCUGUUAUUAUUUUGUUUGUUUGGUUUGUUUUUACUGAUGUUUUCGUUGCCGUUGUUAAUACCUAUAUUUGUUCUUGACUUCAUACUAUUUCUCUCUUUUUUCGCUACUGAUGCUUUUGUCUUCCAAUUCUAGCUGUUUUGUCUCUGGUUUCGUUAUUUUUCGUCGUUUCUGUUGCCGUCGUUUCAUAUAAUUUGUUGUUGUUAUUAAUGAUGUUGUUGUUGAUAUUGUCGUUUUGUUUAUUAUUGUUGUUGUAGCUACUUCAUUAGCAGAUGUUCAUAUCAAUGUUAAAUUGUAGCCACUUCUGUAGUUGUUCUUCUUAAUUACAUGAUCUCAUCACACAAAGAAAGUUCAAAACCUCUUCUCCACUGAGCGUUCGUCUAAUAUUUUUCGCUUCAUUUUAGGUGUUUCUUUAACUGUCAAGCUAAAGUGAGUCCCUUGGUAAAACUUAGUAUCGAAUCACAAUGUCGCGGAUUACAGUGCUCUAAAAUAUCUUCCUAUAAGUGGGUGCUCUACCAGCAGUUCAAGCGAAACACCUCCUUUACCUGGCAAAGGAAACAUAAUCUAAGACUUAUCACAAGUACACCGCUGAAUUCAAGUGACAUUGUUAUCAAAGGGGGUUCCCUUGCUGGUGGAAAUAAGUACCGCUUGGCACUAUUCGUAACAAUUACGGACGGUUUUAGGGGAAUGAAUGCUUACGAAUUUUCUACAGCAAUACCCCCUACAGGGGGGAACUGCUCGAUUACUCCGCCAAGCGGCAUCUCACUGAAGACUGAUUUCAGUCUGAGCUGUAGCCACUGGAAAAGUGGAAACAACCCUCUGUCCUACCAGUUUCAAUACAGGCUAAAGAACGAUCUGUACAAUGUUUUAUAUCGUGGCGUUAACAACAAUAUAAAUACCUCUUGGAUACCGCCUGGGAACAAUGCAUAUAAUUUUGUUGUCAAAGUUAUCGCUACAGUGACUGACAACUUUGGAAUUUCUGCUUCCCCAGUCUCUUCGGCAGUUCAGGUAAGUCGCUAACCAUUAAUUUAAUAUCUAGCAUGAAAGGAUGUGAGGAUAUUUCAAUUUCUUUUGGUCCCUAUUAAUAAUAGAUUAGUUAUGGACGCCCACUUUUGACUUUUGCAGAUCAAGCCAUAUCAGAAUGUAAGCACCGAUUUUAUCACAAACCUUCUACUAGCAAAGGACAGUUUAUUUCAGAAAUCUAUCGAAAUCGGAAACCUGAGAGAAGCGGCGCUAAUAGCAAACUCGGUCAUGCUAUCAGUUUCACAAGAAACCUCAAUGAAUUUGCAGGAGAGAUACAAGGUACUUCUAAAAUCCAACUUGUUAUUUAAAAAGUGAAAUAAAACUAGCUCAUUAUGAUCGUAUCCGAAAAACAAAGAGUUUAUUAGGAGCCAAACAUGCAAAAAAAAUUAAUAAUAAAUAAAUAAAAAGCAAUAAAGCAUUUGUAUUUAAAUGAUGAUGAUAAUCAUAAUCAUAAUAAUCAUAAUGAUGAUGGUAAACUCAACUGUCGAGGAACAGACGAAUAUAAUACUUUAAAUAUAUGAACAUAUUUUUGAGAAAGAUUGAAGCUUGUCUGUUAAAUAUCUGAUAUUUUUGCUGUGCGAGAGUCGUGGCUUCCACGUUACAUGUUCAAAUUCCAUUAUUCUCGCGGGUUGAGCGUGUUAGCAUACAAUUUUGUCUUACGUUGCUAUAAGUGAAGAACGCUCAGGAACCUUAAAUUAAAUUUCAAAUGAAUAUUUACAGCGUCUUGAAAAUGAGGCUAGCAAAUUUAUUUCAUGGGCUGAACUCACCAGACUUUCCUUUUUUUCAGCUUAAACAUUUUCGGUGUUUUGAUUCAUUUAAAUCAAUCAUUCGCUUAUAAAUAUGUCAUUUUGAUGGCAUUUAACUGACAUUGGGAAACCUGAUACUUUGAGUCUCCUAUUUAGAUCUAUUAUCUUUGAAACGAGCCUGACAUGCGAGAUACAGUCUAUCUGCCUAAUUCUUUAAUGCUUAAUGAACACUAAGCUGAUAUGUUUAUCGUUGAUCAAGGUUAUGAACUACAUCCUUGAAAAAGUUUCGCCCUUGGGAGCAAAAACUGUCUCCGACCUACUUCACAAAUCUUCAGCUAUCGGUUCUGCUCUUCAGGUUUUGGAAAAAGUGCCCCAUCAGUCUCUGGUAAGUUAAUUAUGUCAUAUUGAUUGGGACUGGAAUAGCCUUGCUUGUUACGUCAAGUUUUCAUACCAUGACACUAUUUAGCCAGAAAGGCUCAAGAAACAACAACAAUAACAAAGGAAAUGAAAACAAACAGGCAUGAAAAAUAAGCAACUGUUGCGUUAUCAAAUGAAGCAAUCUAUAAGUUUGAACUUAAUUUAGCUAAUUCGCCACAAACUAUUUCUACAAAGCCAAUGGAAAGAAGUCGGAAAGUAAGCAUUUUUUUCUUAAUUUAUAUCCAUUUGCACUCCACAGAAUAUCUCCUUAUUUUCUAUUAGUUCAAUGACGUCACUCCUAUGGUCUAUCGCCCAGAAACAACUUGUAGCAGACACACCAUUGACAACGCAAUCAGCAGAAAACUUGGCCUCAUGUCUUAACAGCGUGUUGAAGGCAGCAGCAGUGACUGCAUCCGAAGACUCUAAGUCAAGUUUUCAACAACAGGUACUGUAAUGUACAUUUAGGGUGUGUCGAAAAGUUCACACCAAACAGACUCCUCAAAACUUAUUUAUACAUGCAAGCAUAAUAUAAGACUAACUUUAUUAAAGAAUGGUAUACUGCAGAUUGCUGUUAACUUCACCGUUAUUCCCGUCAUCCAGAUUUUGGACCUAGUUGUUUGUUUCACGCUUGCGAAAAUUCAUAAUUUUUUAAAAUAAAUAUUCUAUGUUUAUUUUUGCAAUUUGCACAGGGUAAACUAUUGGUGAAGAUUUCAAUGAAAGCCCUAGAGAAAGUUGCAGACUCAUUGUUAGCCUUGACAGUACCUGAUGAAAUAAUGAUACCAUUCACAGCAGGACAACUAUCCAUGACGCUCGGAAGAUUUAGCCUCCAGAGACUUUCAGGACUGGAAAUUAAAGCAGGAAAAGGCCGGUUUAUCUUACCGUCUAAGAGCCAGUUGUUGCUCUCUGGAGUAAACAAAACAAGUUUUGUAGAUGUUCAGGUAGGUAUUCCUGCCCCACAGGCACAUUUCAAUUAAUUUUUUUUUUUUUUUUUUUUAGGGGGGCAGAUACAGACCCCAGUUAAGUAAAAGUAGCACAUUAGGUACCAUAAAGGUUGCUUCUUACCUGCAGCAGUCUUAUUUCUUGUUUUGAUUUUGACAUGUUCAACUCUGGUACUUGGGACAGCAAAAGAAACCGAAUCAAUCUUGAUUUUCUUAAGAUAGCCUUCACUAAACUUUAAAAUUGAGUAAAUAACAGGAUCAGAUCUCUUAUAAGCCAUUUUCGUCGUUUUUCAUUCGAGUUUCAAAAAGCUGGCUAUGAAAAUAAUCCAUAAUAAGUGACCAUACGAAUGUCAUUUCAUUUUUCUUACAUUUCCAAAUAUAUUGUUAUUUCCAUUUUGCCCUCAACUUAUGGUAACUUAUGAUUUAUACUGACAGCACAUUCGUUGUUUACACGUACAACUAUAGCAGUCUCCAAAAACAAACAAGUAGGCAAAAUUGUUAAUCAUUCUUCUUUUAGAUGCUGUCAAUCUCUUUUAAUCCUUACACUUGGGACGGCACAAAGGAGCGAGUUGCCUCUGAUGUUGUAACCCUGAAGCUGAAAAACAACAAAAGAGAGCUGAAGACAUCGUCAUCGUUACACCUUUGA